UCUCCUUGAAGACAAUUUUCUCGCUCGCGCAAACUCCCGUCGCCCCCACUAAAGCUCGCUUUUCUUGCUCCUUCCCUCCCUUCCUCCACUCACCCUCACUCGCUCCCUCAUUUUCCUUCGCUUUCCCGGAAAAAGGAAAAGGAAAGGAAAGGAAAGGGAAGGAAGAAGGGAAGGGAUGUCGUCGGACUUCGGGAGCUCCAACAAGAUCCGCCGCAUUGUGACGAUCCGGCAGAUGCUGCGGCGCUGGCGCAGGAAGGCCGCCCAGGCGGCUUCGUCGUCGGUCGCCGCGCCGCCCCCCGACGUCCCGGAGGGCCACGUGGCGGUGCUCGUCGGGGGCGGGUGCCGGAGGUACGUGGUGCCCGCGACGCACCUCAACCACCCCGUCUUCCGGCGCCUCCUCUCGCGCGCCGAGGAGGAGUACGGGUUCGCCAACCACGGCCCGCUCGCCAUCCCCUGCGACGAGGCGGCGUUCGAGGAGAUCCUCCGGGCCGUCUCCCAGGCCGAGGAUCUCCAGCGGUGCUGCCACGUGGGUCUCCGGGGCGGCGGCGGCGGCCCCCACGGCAUCUUGGGAGAGUCGCGGCCGCUGCUCAACGGCGUCGCCGACUGAGGUUGAAGUUUCCCGAGAGGCGCGUGGGCUGAAUUUUCCGUGACGAUCUUUCUUUUUUCUUCCAUUUUAAUGUUCCUUUUUUUUAAAUUUUCUUUUUAUUUUCUUAUUUUAGUGUGAUGGAUGGGCUUGUUGAGUAAUUUUUGGUUCUUCAAUCAGAAGCUCUGGUAGGAUUAGUUGGUGAAAAGACUUGAAGAGGUGGUCAAGAUCUGUUGUAAAUUCAGUGGUUGGACUAAUUGUAGGAAAUCUCGGACGAUAUCGAAUUAGUUGAAGAAUGAAUUAUUAUGUUUUUAACCAAA